AUGACUACAAAGUUACGACUUGCGUCGUCUGGAGGCGAUGUAAAGAUUUGGGACAUGCCAGAAUUGAACAUAGCGAAAGCCUUCAGCCCUCACUCUCAACCUGUGGGUUCGUUGUGUUGGAGCCCCAACAGUAUCUUUUGCUUUAUAUCAUAGUGUGUUUUAUUCGUCUAGACGAUCCUAUCUCGUUAAAUGAUAUAUUUUACAUUUGUCAGUAUUCUCUCCAUGUAUUUAUUCAAGCUUGCGGUAUGAAAUGGCCUCAAUUAAUGAUUGUUUUCGUUUAAAGAAUCUUUCGGGCAGUGGAUACUUUUAAUUAUUUGAAUUGCUAAUAUUGUAGUUGGAGUUCAUGCGAUAUUUACACUUAAAGAUGAUGCCACAAAAGGGUUCGCCAAGGCUAUGGAAAACUAAGAAGGAACCAGAUUAUGGGUGUGGGCAUAAAGAGCCAUGGAAAAUGUUCUGAAAACUAUUCUUCUGUGAGUGAAAAAAGAAAGAAGUACAUUUCUGCUAAUGAUUAUUUUUACUUAAUCUUGAGACCAAACUUUCAAUCCAAAGUAAUCAUGAACAUCAAAAAAGUAUUGGAAAAGGUCAUAGAAUCUUGUGAUAUCUUAUAAAUUAAAGUGUAGUAAAUCUCUUUGAAGAGUAGGAUCUUCUCUGUGAAGAAAAAAAAAAUCUCUGUUGUUACAAAUGAGCCAUUGUUGAACCAGAUGACAGUCUCAUUCCAACAUCCUAAAUUUUUGCUACAAAAGAGAGGUUUUAAAUUGCUUAGAACAAAAUGACUUGUUGGCUAUUGUGCAGUGAGGGUAGAGUUGCAUGUCGUAUGGAAGGUGCUUGGACACAAAAACAAAACUAAACAAGAUACAGUGGAGUCUAAACCUUCCAAAGCCUCAGGAGGAGAGUUUUAAACUCAAUGAAUGGGAAUUCCCUCUCUUUUGAACAAAGUGUAAUAACAUUACCAGUUCUUUCAGCCUUGAUAGGGUAGAUGUUAUUUAUUAAAUUUUUAAAAUUUUUUUCUGAUGAAGCAAGUGUAGCUUUGGGAGGGAAGGAUUGCUCAAAGACUUUCUUGUUGGAUGAAAAAUUUCCUCCUCUCUGAGAAUAAACAUAGAAGAAAGUUAUAUAGGGAUGACAAUGCUUACAAACUUAUAACAUAAUGAUAAGGUUCUGAAUCAGUCCCGGAACAGUUUGCCAACACUCCUCCUACCCAAGAGUUUUUCUUAGCAGACUGUAAUUGUCCCUAAGUGUGGUGGAUGUUAGAAAAUCUUACAUAAUAUAUGAAUCUUGGAAUCGGUUAUUAGAAUACCACUGUAGUUCUUUCUUUAGUUGAUGUGGGAAUUUUGUCGAACAGUGAAUCCUUAACAUUGUCAGAUCAGUGUUUGGCUAGUGCUGCUAAUGACAAAGUUGUUGUCACAUAUAUUAAGGGCGAUGAGUAUGAUACUGCUGAAAUUACUGCUGGGGUGAGUGCAAUUGCUUUAAGUUCAUGUUGCUUAACAAUUCCUUGUUAAGGAAACCACUAACUCUCUUUUUGAUAGAUAUUAUCAAAGCUUUCUGUAACUAUUUAUAUUUUUCAUUUAGUUCUUACAAGAAUUAUGUCAUGCUCAUUUGCUUUAAUAUAUUCUUUGAAAAUUUCAGGAAGGAAACACUUGUGUGGCCUUUAAUUCAUCUUCUCGUUAUUUGCUUACUGGUGGAAAUAGUAAAACUCUUAAUAUUUGGGACAUGAAAACAAAAAGUGUAAAGAAAACAUAUAAGGUAAGUCACAAUAUGAAGAGAAACCUCAAUUGUUUCGUGAGAAAUGACUCAUUUUUUAAUAGAUUACUUUGAAUUCACAUAAGGAAGUAAAAUUGACUUCAAUUUCAAUAUCUUUAUGAUGAAAUUUCAAAUUUAGAAAGCAUCCCAACCUAAAUUGUCUCUUCUGGGCUGAGAUCAUCAAUAUUUAUAAAGAAUACACAAAAAAAGUGUGUCCACAUGCUAUUUAUGCAUAGGUUGGAAAGAAUCAGAAAUCUCAUGAGUGAGCACAGCUAACAAGUGAGAUACAAGGGUAUUGUGUCUUGUGCCCUCCCUCAUCUGAUACUUUUGUCUAUUUUCAUCACCAGUUUGCUGGAUAGUGUAGUGAAAUUGUGACUAGUUUCUUAUACUUUUAAUUUGUUUGUCACUUUUGUAGCAGGUAUACAAUACCUUGUUAGUAAUUAUAGUAAACUGUUAUCAUGGUAUUGUAUAAACAACUACUUCUGAACACUUUCAAAAAUGGCCGAAAAAUCAAGGGGUCGUUCUUGCUCUGAGCCUUUCAAUUGUAGUACGUGUAUUUUUGGCUGGAUUUGCCAAUGAAAUGGACACUAAAGUAAACUGGUACAUAAUUUAUUUAACAGGAUCACAAGGACAUUGUGUCUUGUGUAGCUUUUAACUGGAAUGACACAUCUAUUGCGUCAGGGUCAGUGAAUGGAGACAUACUUCUUCACAAUGUUAUGACAGGACAAGCCUCAGAUCCUCUUAGAUUAGCCAAAACACAGGUAUGUAGUAGAUGUACCCUGGGAUGUUUUUCUGUCAUUUUUCAUUGUACAUGUAUGGACUAUUAGAUUUAGGCUAAGAACUACUGUAGUUCUGUAUUAUUCCAAUUUUUUGCCUUUCUGAUACAACAUUGGCUACUUCAGGGAAUGUAAAUAAAAUAUACCACUCUGCUUGAUUUCAAAGCAAUGUAGGUGAUGUUAUCAUGCGAUAGAACACUUGAGCCAUGACAAGUUGUCUGUAAAAAAACAUCCCAACAUUAGCAUUGAUGUCAAAACUAUUGUACAGGAAAACCACCCUGUCAACUUAUGAUCAAUUUAGGCAUUUGAAAGUGUACACCCAAACUUAAUCCUGGGGUAGAAUGCAUUGAACUUAGAGACCUUUUAUUUUAAACUAGACUGUUCAGAUCUUUUGUUUUCACUAUUACUCAUAAGGAUUUUCUUUGUUAUUGUGUGUGAGCAUUGCCACAUUUGGAACUCAUUGUCCCUAUUUUUUUUCUAAUUAUUUGUAUCACCUACAUUGCUUUUAUAUCAUGCAUAAUGAUCAGAAUUGCUAAAUAAAAAGAAAUUCUGUAGCACAAGGGCCUCAGUCAAAUCGUCCAUGUAAUCAACAUGCUACUGAAGGACAACUUUAAACAAAUAUUGAAUUUUUUACUUUUUUAAAUUUCAUGUUUGAUUUGAAAUGUCUUUUGGCCAAGAAUCAUAGUUACUGGUUGUCUAGAAAAUUAAAAUGAAACUAUUAUCACAGAAAAAAGUACAUGAAGUUUGGAAAGGAAUGCACCUGCAUAUCAACAUGUGUUGCACUUAUUCAAGUUUCUGUGUUCAAUUUGUCUCUUAGGUUGACCCACCCCCUCUCAAUAUUGAAGUAUCACAAGAUAAUUAGAGUGGCACUUCAAUAAAUUUUUUGAUGAAAGAAAUUUCCUUGUUUUUCUUAUCAUAACAGUAAAAGAAUAGUUGCAAUUGAAUAAACCCUCACAAUUCUACAAGCAGUCAAAGCUAAAUUUUUUAUGUUCACAAUGGCACAUCUUGCAUCUUGGGUCAGGCAAGGUUGUUAUGUCAUCCCAGGAACCAUGCCACAAGGCUGUAAUGCCAAGACAGGAAAUACUUUUUGGGAAUUUCACUUUCUUUAAACAUCAAAGACUUUCCAUAAAGCCAAGUCAUAUAAAGACUCAAACUCGUACAGUGACAAUAUGACUCUGAAGUAUUCAAACCUUCUAAUAUAUUGGAAUAUGACACAGAUAGAGAAAAUCAAUUGUGUGCCCAAAUCAAAGGCUUGAUAUAAUCAUUGGAACGUGGACACAACUGAGAAAAAACUCUAUUGGACUCUUACAAGCUCAUCUCAAGAAGGGCACAUGCCCAAAAAGUCUAAGAUACAAUGCAAGUGUGAACAUUGCAUUUGAGAAAGAUUUUAAAUCAGAUAUCUAAGCAUGAUGAAGAAGUAGAGCAUGACCUUGCAGAAGUACUGGUGAAGAUUGAUGUAGUAGAAUUUUCAAAGAACAUAGAAUUAGUGGCCAUAGAUUCAAGCUAUUUAGAAGUAAUUGAGGUAAAUAAAUUAGCCUUGGAAGCAAAAGCUAAAAUGAACAAAGGUAACAAGCUUCUUGUAAAUUUGGGAACAUCAGCAGGCAAUAGAGAAACUGAAUCUCAUACUUGUACAUUCACUGCCUCCUUAGAAAUGAACAGCAAGAGUGAAACAUAACCCAAAUAAAAUAAAAGCAGCUGAAGACUGCACAAAGAAAAAAACCCAAACAAACAAACGAAAAAACAAAAAAGCAAAAGACAAAGGUCAAAGGAUUAAAGCAUGAGUCACACAAACAGCACACCGAGAACCUGUCAUACAAAACAACAGAUGAACAAAUUCACAGCUGGUAAAUCUGCCUCAGAAAAAGUGAGCAUAGUUGAGAGAUUCACAGGGAAUUGAUCCUUGACACACAGACACAUUACAGAGAUAUGGUGAUCCACCAAUACACACUUUUUUUUUUUGCAUUAUCCUUCAGGCAAAAUGAUUUGUUAUAGGAGAAGUGUUAGGCUUCCUAAGAACAAAUUUUUCAUGCUCUACAUUUGCAAAGACAUUUAGAUUGUAAAAAUACACUUUGAGAAUAGAGGACACCUAGAUGAAAUUUUAGAGAAAUGUAUUUCUGAAGUUUAUUCUACUGGGAGAGAAAAGUCACUCAAAAACAAAGAAAAAGUUGGUUGUAGUGUGUGUUGGGUUGUAGUGUGACUGCUUUCUAACUAAAUGAUGUGAAUAAUGUUGAAUUGGUUCUUGGGAUUAUGUCAUAAGCCAACCCACCCCAUUUCCCCUAUUUCUCAGUCAUAAACAUGAUUAAGGCCAAUUUUUUGGGUCUUUGAAUACUUAUUUUAAAAAAAAAAAGCUAAUUAAAAUAGAUGCAACAUUAAUUGUUUUGGACUUUGUUAUCAGUAAGACAAGGAAUAAAUUUUGGUGGGAAAAAAAUUUGGGGGGUUAGUUGCAGUUUCAGUCCUAAUUUAAAACAUUUCUGUGUUGUGCAAUAUUAUAUCAGGGCAUGGGAGCGGGAAAAGAAGCAAAACAAGUGUUUCCAGCAGUACAUUUAUCCUACCAAAACCUUAGACAUUGACCAUAUAUUUAGAUUAUUGUGAUUUAUGUGGUAGUGGUCUUUUGUGAUUUUAAAGUGGUAGUUGUUUUGAUCCAUAGUGUACCAUUAUAGCUGAAACUCUCAAACAUGGUUAUUUUAUCCUUUUAGUUCUUUUUUGUAAUGUUAGCUCAGGAGUAUCCAUCUAAAGGAGCUUGAAAUGUCUAAUAAAGAUAACAGAAUUGUAACACUCAGAGCAGAGCAACGGUUAAACUGCAGUUUAUUAUGAGCUGACAAAAGGAAGUACAUGAUGGAAAUGAAUUUUUUUUUUUACAGGCAGUGCGAGACAUUCAGUUUUCACACUUCAAAAAGAGUUUAUUGGGUGCUGUUAGUGAUGAUGGAGCUCUUAAUCUUUGGGAUUCUAACACAAAAAAACUAUCAACAUCAUUUGCCUCUGAUCACAAAGGACCUGCAACAGGAUUAAGUUUCUCACCCAUGAAUGAUAUGCUUCUGUGUAGUGUGGGACUCGACAAAAGAAUUGUGUUCUAUGAUGUUCAGCAGAAAAAGUAAUGUAGUACUAUUACACCAUUAUCAUGUUGUAAUAAAUAAUAGAUAAACCCUUUGGAUCAUAAGCAGCCCAAAAUUAAUCUUUCCAUUUUAUCUGAUGCAGUACAUGUUUAUAUGCAUCACUACACACACUACUAUCUUCUCUUUUUGUUUUGUUUUUUUUUUUGUUUGCUUGCUUUUUCUAACAUUAAUACUACGUUUUUUCCCUGUAAUUUUUAUUUGGUGGCCUUUUCAACACCUUAGAAAUAAUGUUUGUUAUUUUUGAUAAACCUCCUUUGGUGAUUAUAUAUUCUUUAAUAACUAAAAUUCAGUUGUUACAGUUUUUUUGAUGUUAAUCCUCAAUGAAGCCCUUCCUUCUAGAACUUCAAGCUUCUAGUGAGCCACUUCCCCUAACAAACUUCCGAAACAAAAUGUCACAUGAGAUAAUGAUGCUAUGCAAAGGGCUCUGUUGUAGUUUAAAAUUAAUUUCAGGUCAGAAUGAUUAAAACUAGUUUCAAUUGAUAUAAUUUUUUUCUUUUGCUAGUUACAUUUCAGUCUUUUUAAGAAGCAAAAAUGGAAAUCAGACUAGUUUGAGAUCACUUUGAGCUGAUAUCUUGUUAAACUACAGUGUAUAUAACAGUUGGAUUGUAUUGCAAUACAUUUAGGCCAAGCAACCAACAGUUUAGUUCAAAUUGUCCUUUUAUCUUACUGUUGUUAUUUAUUUUCUCUUUGUUUUAAAUAGUGUAAGUCAACACCUCAUACCCUUUGUAAAAACCCAUCCAUGAAACAGAUGUCCACUUAAUUCUAACCUUAGCUUGGAUAACUAUCGUGAACUACCACAUGUACAUGUAGGUGGUUCAUACAUGCCUUCUUUUAUUUCAUUACACCUGAAAAGGAAGACAAGGUUUGUUUCCACUGUCAUUCAUUUUUUUGCUGUUUCUUCAAAGGUCAGUUAAAGUUAUGAUGGCAGAAUCUCCCCUGACAUCUGUUGAUUUUAUGUCUGAUGGAGGAACAUUGGCAGUUGGUUCAACUAGAGGUAUAGUUGUGUUUGUCCGUUGUUUUGUUUUUGUUUUUGUUUUUAUGAGUCACAUGUAUUUACUUUCCUUUUUUUGGCUCACAUUAACAUGUUAACUCCCAAAGGUAAUGAAAUGGUAUCUUUUCCCUUAAAAAUCUGUUCAUUAUCCAGCAAACAGGUAAUCAGAAUACUAAAAUUUGUCUGGUAGAAAAUGUUAUCUCAAUCUAACACCAAAUUCUUGUAACUGAUGUACAAGGAAAUGUUAGCAGCUAGAUGGGAGAAUUAACAAUCAGAUUCUGGGAGUGAAAGGGUUAUUAACACAUUGAAAACUUCACAAUGAUCUUAAUUCUUUGGUCUUUUCUCUAAAAGUACUGCAAUGAAACUUUAUUAAAUAAAUACAAGCUAUUAUCUAAUGAUUAGAGGAGACAAAAUCAGGAUAACUAUGGAAGAAAAUGACAAUCUAUCCAAAGCUGUUUAGCAUUGAUGUAAAUUUCCUUAGCCUUUGUUUAACAGUGGCAGUAAGAAAACCUUAGUUCAUGUAACAUAUCUCAGUUUACUACAUAACAUCCACUUUGUGUAGUUAUAGUACAGUGGGCUUAAGAUACUUUCCAUAGCAAGAAUGAAAAAUUUUUAAUUUUUUUGUUUUGUUUUGUCUUGUCUUUGUUUUUGUUUUGGUUAUACUUGCAAAGGCUUUUGUUUUUGGUUAUGCUUGCAAGGGCUAGGACUAUUUGGAGCCAAAUAACCAUUAUGUACACUCCGUUUAGUCAAAGCUUAAGGUAAUCAUAGUAACUUGCCUGUAGUUUUGUCAAUACUAGCGUGGUUACACAGUAAGUUGUAAAAAAAGAUAAAGGUCAACCUUAAGAUUUGAUCCUAACUUGUUUUGGAAUCUGUAGGUAAAAUCUACAUCUAUGACCUGCGUAGCGGAUCCAGUCCAGUCAACACAAGAGUGGCACACAAAACAUCUGUUCAAUCACUUUCAUUCCAGUCAUCGACAAAGGUUAGGAAAGUUAAGCCUGUCUUUACCCAGCCCUGGUUUUGUAUUUUUCAACUCUAAGGACAAAUCAGCAUUUCACUUAAACUAUAAUUAACUGUUUGAGUGACUUUUUAAUUGGAGGGUGAAUCAAAAAUAAAGGCAGUGGAUUGUAAAUUUGGGAAAUGCCUAAGAAAUGUCAAACUCAUAAAUUCCUCUGAACUCAGUUUGGUUAGAACCUCUUCUUCUGGUCCUGGUAGUCCUUAAAGAAGAUUUUAUGGAAAUUUCUGUUUGAGAAAUGUUGUAGGUUGAAAUACUUGUUAUGGCAAAAUAAUCAGUAAAGGCCUUUUAAGAAUAUAGAAGAGAAGAGGAAGUGAGGUGUUUUGAAGAAAUAGGGUGCUCAAUGGAAUAUUCUGUUGGCUGACAAGUUUAUAUGGAUGGAGGUAAAGCUAGGCUAGGGAUUAAACUGGGCAGGUGUUAGUAGCUGGAGUGAGAAAGCCUAAAAUUGCUGCAAAUAUGGUUGUGGCUGACUGUUGCUAACAAAUAAUGCCUUGCCUCUGUCUACCUACAGGUUAAUAGUUUAGGAAAUAGCAAAAGCUCCAAACCUGUGACUUCAAAUACUAAACCUACACCAAAUCCAGUGCCAACAGAAGCACAGCCUGCUUCAACAAGCAUUGUACCAACCAUUACAGCUGUCAAUGUACCAGAUCACACUUCACACACUCCACUAUCAAAACAAAAUGGAAUUAAAAAUGAAGAAUCAGAGGAUUUAUUCUCACCUUUAAGAGAAGGUUUGUACAUCAGUGUUUCAAGAGCCAAUAAGAAGCAAAUCGAAGGCAGAUAUUUUUUACCUAAUGUAGUGACUAAGAAAAAAUUCUUUGUAUGGUUUUCUACCACUAUUUAAUCAACUAUCAGUGAAAUGCCAAAUGAAAGUGUGAGUUAUUCACUGGGUGAGAAGUCCACAUUGGAAACACUUGGGCAUUGUUGGUCUGCCAGGAAGUAACCCAACCAGUAACAUGAUUUUUUUUUUCUAGCAAAAUUUUAAUUGUUCUUUGAUAAUGGGUUGCGUACAUAAAAAUUGUACACAAUUAUUCUAUUAGUGAAUCACUCUCAUAUUUGAGUCUUAAAAAGGGUUAAAAUUGCGGAGUCUUUUGAUAUGUUCGCCAAUUUUUUGCUUUUAGAUCUGCUGCUCUUGUCCUUGUUCUUUUCCUAAGGUUAAAAGGUCUCUCUCAGCAGUUUUAUGUUUACUAAGCUAGUUUUCAGAAUUUUACCCUGAGUUGAAAAAAUUCUUGUACUGAUUCUACAAAAGUUUAUGUUACUUAAAGGAUUUCUUGACCAGUAGUUGAAGGAUCAUUAAGCUUAUCUAUCUUACCCUUUUACCCAUAAGAGUGACUAGCAUCUUUUUUCUCCUUAAACAAUAUCACCCCUGAAUCAAACAUAAAGGUUACAAGAAUAAAGGAAAUGAUGACCUAUGAAAGAAGCUCUGGAUUGUUAAACAAAUUCUUCUUGUCAGAAUCUUAGGAAAUGUAUAGGGAACAGUAUGGGGAAUAUGCACACUAAUGUUAGGGUGUAAAGGGGUUAAUACAUAUACAAUGUAGAUGAAUUAGCAAAGAAGAAGCAGUCAUUUAACACCUUUCUCUAUCACCAUUGUUUCAAAAGUUAAUACUUCUUUAUUUCUUUUUAUUAGUCAAAACAGCAGCUGUAGAGGCUCCUAGUAGGCAAACUAAUGAGCCACCCCUCCCUGGUUCAGGAGAGGCAUCUCCUUCAUACAACUUAAAAGAAAACAAUCCACCAGAUGGUAAGAUGCAUGUGUUUCUUUGUGCAUAGUUUUCUUAGUAGUGACCUAUCAUUAGGCAAAAUGUUGAAGAAUAUUAUUUAUUGAGUAUCAUGAAGCAAAAUUGAACAAUGUUAUACUUGAUUUCAUAAUUCAAGUUGGAAUUUAUGACAAAAAUUUCACAACCUUGAUGUUACUUUAUUUCUGGAAGAUGGCAAGUACUGUCAGUCUAUCAAUUGUCUUUCAUGUUGUCUACCAAUACAAUACAAUACAAUAUUUAUUUGCCAUAUACGACAUUUACACAUGGAAAAAAAAAAAAAUGAAGAAAAUUGAUGACAGAAAAUAAAUGGCGAGGAAACCUGAAAGAAACCACGAGGCUUAUAACAAGUCAGGCUUUCUCACUUAAAAUAGCUAAUCUUAUAUUAGAAUUACAAUAUGGACUUAUGGUAAUUAACUUUGACCGCGCACAUGUACACACACACACACGCACACACAUAUUAACUAAGUUAGUUAAGAAUUACUGCCUUACAGAAGCUAAUACCAAUUAUAUGAAGGUGCUUUUAAUACAUGUUAGGAAUUCAUUAUAGAAAAUGACUUGCCUUGAGAGAAUGGUGUGAGGUAAUGACCAAUGAAUGUAGAUGAUUUGAUCCAGCAGACUUAUGGAAUAAAGGCAAAAUUAAAGUAAUGAUAAUUUGUUAUUAAAAAAUACAUCAGUGGGAAUGGGUAAUUUUUACUCCCCUGGAAAAGGAAGGGCUAAAUGUUUUUAAACAGAGGUUUGUUUUGAAGCAUGAAGUAUAGUUUGGAGCAGGUCCUUGUAACUGCAAUUUUGUGGUUAGACUGUAAUUGUAUGCUAAGAAAAUCAAUAAUUUAUUGGUAGGUUGAUACCUGAUGAACAAUCAUCUUUGUUGUAUAGAAAUGCUCUCAGUUCAGUUCCAAAAUUCUUCUAGCUAAAGCACAUGGUAAAAUUCAUUGAAAGAAAAGUUGAAAGAUCAGGGUUUAAAAUUUUUGUUUGAAGAUGUAUAAUUUUGAUCAAUACCAUAUUAUCAAUGACAAAGGAAGAUAAGAUACAAUUCUUAUAUUUUGGGCCCUUUUCUUGCUAUGGAAUAUUUAGUUUAAGAUUGCAGUCAUUACAUAUUUUAAGCAAAAAAACUUCUUAAAAUAAACAUUUCCAAAGUAAAACUAUGUCUAUUCAGUGGUUCAAUCAGUGCAAUGGUAAUUUUUACUGAUGAAUGAUGUGUGCUCGUUGGGACGUUUUCCCAAGAAAAGAUUCUUCAGCUUACAUGGAAAUACAUUUUACCACCUAUUUACUGUAUACACUAUGUUAGUCUGCAAGGAGAGGUCCUCACCUCAUUGUAAUGGAGACUUCAAUAUUACAAGCUCCUUACAGUAAUUUCACACAUGGUAUAUUUCAGUAAUAAUAUUGUUUCAGUGGUCACAGGUGGCAUUUUUGUUUCUAUCUUUUGACAUUGUUAUAUCUUCUCCAUAUUUAAAGCAACUUUAUUAAAAUUUUUAUGACCAAAGAGAAACAGUUAUAGCAAAGAAGAUUCUUUGCAUCUAGAGUUACUCUCUAAGUGGGAGAGCUGUGCUUAGUAAAUUUUUUUCAAACUGAAUUAUUUUAACAAAUAAUGAUUAGAGUUUCACAAGGUGAUGAUUUAUCAUGAAUUUGUUAUAAGGUAAGAACAAUAUUGUAAGUCUGAAAUGAUAUAUUAAAUAUUAAGUUAUUUUACAUUGAAUUUCAUUGUAAAAAUAAGGCCAUUUGUCUAAAUUAUGGAAAAUCAUCGUAAAAUCAAUUUCUUUAUCAUUAACAGAUCUAUGUUUCUCUCUAAACUGUUUUGUAAAACUCCAUUGCUUGUCAUGUGUGUAUUUAAUACUAUCUGCAGGGGCUUUGCUCUUGCAGAGAUGUCCAGGGGAGUAAGGGUAGCUUGGGGGCAUCUCUCAUGUUGAGAUUUUCUCAGGCAAUUCUUAAUACUAAACUGAAAACCAAGCAAUACAAACAAAGAUGAACAGAAAACACAGGUCCACUGAUGUAUACUUCAGACCCUAUUCAGGUUUAUUCUGUUCCCUUUUCUUCUACAAGAGGGUAUAUAAUAACUUUGAUAAGUUUUCUUAAAUUUUGCAGUUUACAACACUAAUGCAACAACAUGUUGCUUAUAAAGAAAUUUUGUAUUGACUGGAUUGUUAAAAAAUAGUUUUAUUCUGUUAGAGAAUGAAGUGAGGGGGAAGCAGUUUUUUAUUCCUAAAUAUAGAAGAUUCCCCUAACCCAGAGGUUUACUGUCGCUUUCUGGAGUUUUCUUUUUUAACUUUUAGUGAUAGAGAAAUAUUGCCAUGGCAUUUUUGCUUGAAUUUAGAAGUACAUAAAAUUCACCUAAUUAUCAGUCACCUGCAAGUUUAAGAAAAUAAGUUUAGGUUGAGACUCUAUUUUCAACUAAAUUCAAAUCAUUUUGCCUGCUUAAGGUGAAACCAUCUACCAUAGUUAAGCAAGAAAGUUUGAGAUGCUCACAGAAUUUUGCAAAGAUCAUCAAAAAGGUGUAACAUCUACUUCCCAAUUGGACUUCACUUGUAAAUUAACACCAGUACCUACGCAUGUCCUAUCACAAUGUCAUUUGAAUCUCAGUCUAUAAAUCUGUAGAGAUUACAUGGAUUUUUCCGGGAAAGAGUAAUGGUAAAGGACAGUCAAAUUGUGAAAUUGAAUAUGUAGCAUAUCUUGUCUCAGUGUUUCGCUUAGAUGCUUCUCAUUUGUUCAUGAAUGUUUCUUGUGAAAGAAACAGAAAUGGACAAAACCUGUCAGCUUUUUUAUUUGUUUCUGAUAUUUCAAGAUGUAUAGGAUUAAAGUUUGGCAUACUAUUUUAUAAUCAUUAAAAAAAAAAAACUUACCGAGUGGAAACUACAGCUCUGUCUCAGGCUUUUGUGUAUUCUUAGUUGUUGUUUAGCCCUUGUUUAUAUUGUUUGCAGUGUUAUGGAGCAAUCUCUGAGUUGAUGCUAAAUAAUUAUUUCAAUCUUUAAUUUAAUUAAUCAGAAGUGAUUGUGGAACAGUGUGAGUUUAAAUUCAUCAACUGAUUUCUGUUAUAGGAUCAGGAAUAUUUUCUCCAAUUGGGAGCAAUCUGUCUUCCCUGUCAACCAGACAGUUGCAUCACCCUGCUGAAGUGACAGCCACAACAAAAAACAGUUUACGUCAAGAUUUGAACUCACCAAGAACACUUGCAGUAACCACAGCAAAUGAAGCAACAGCUUCAACUGUUCAAAGUAACCGAUCACCUGGUGCCAGAGCCCACACUGACUCGAGCACUGGUCAGGAUCUGGUGGGUGACAACAGAACCAAAUCCUCAUCAGAUGCUGUUUUCAGUGGGAAUCUGUCACCCAGUAUUACUAGGGCCCAGUUUGAGAGAAAUCAGAGAAAACGUUUUUCUGGAGAAUAUGCUGAUUCACAGGUUACUAAAGGGAGCCUACAUGCUGAGGCAGAUGUACAGCAACCAAUCAGUAUCUCACCCUCUGGAUCUAUAAGAAGUGAAAAAUUAGUUGCACAACUAGAAAGCAGUGGGCAAAAGGUAUUUUGUCAUUUUCUUUGAUAAAUAAAUACAAGUAACCUGAACACGAGCUGAGUGGUUCAUUCUCUCAUGAUAAUUGUUCCUCCUCUUCCUGAAUGGAAUGUCUGUCCAUUUCAAGCUUUAUAUACCUCCAUGGUUUCACCACAUUCCUGGACAAUUUGUUGAGGCCUAUUUGUUCUCCAGGCAAGGGAGAUUCAUUGUAAGGUUAAAGGUGUUUUGCCCAAGGGAAAAAAGACAUACCCAGGGCUUGUCCCGGAUUAGGAGGUCUUAUAGGUAAAAACUGUUGCUAUUAGAUAUAGGUUUUGUCAGAUUAACCCUUGGUAUUAAGUUGCAUCAUAUUUGGUAUCUGCAUGCACAGCAAAAUGUCAGUUUUUACCCUAAAUUCAACAUCUCUUUCAUUGCCUCCAUUUUCUGCUUCCUUAUUCAGCAAGAAACUUUCCAGGUCCUAGUACCUUUUACAGGUAACCUUUUGUGGAAUGUAAAUAUAUUACAUUGACAGGAAGAUAACAAGUAAAUUAAAGCAAUUAAGCAAACAAUAAUCAACAGUUGAUUGUAACUACAUUUAGCUAUCAAUUAACCCAUAUAUGAGAUGAAAUGUAUUGACAUUAUCACUGCUUGAUCAUCAGUAACACUGUAAUGUGUCUUAAUGUUCUUCAGUCACCUGGAUCUCCAUCCAAUCACAGAAGGUUAGCAGAUGAUGGUUCAAGAAUACGUGAUCAGUCUGUUGGCCAAAGUACAGGACCUAAAGUACCAGAAACAGGUUAUUAGGCCAUUGUAAUUAAUUGGCAAAUAUUUCAAUAACAAUAUAUGAAACAGUUAUUUUUUAUUUUAAUUCUUGUCUCCACUUCAAGAUAGAGGAUUUUAUUUUCUGGUAAGUUAAUAAAGAGAUAAAGUGGAAUUUGUGAUAAGAGGCACCAUUUUCAGCUGUCACCAUGUAUUAAGUGGUUGGUUUUCAAAGUCCCAAAAAUUUCUUUCACUUAAGUACUGCAAUUUUCACCUCUAUAAAGUGUUCUCUUCUGUAAGCAGCCUCGGUCACCCUUAACUGAGUCGUAAUGGCCUGCUUGUCUUCCACCUGUAUUAAUAAACAGUCACUUUAUGUGGAACCAGCCUAAUUAUAACUAUGAAUAAUCUCUGAUAUCAAAAUUAUUCCAUGUUUAUCUCCUGAGAUAAAUGCUAGCACUUUGAAUUCAAAUGUUCUUAAUGCAUAGUAGAUUAUCUUUCUUCUUGAUACUAUGAGGACAAAAUGGUGUCUUUAUUGUGUUUGACCUCUGCUCUGUGAAGGCUUUAUUUGGUAUCCAGUCAAGUCACCAACAGUUCAACUCGUCAAUGUAUAAAAUCGAGUAGAGACAUCGGCACGUUGGUCUUCAAUCCAGUACAACUUAUUAGAAGUUAAACAUAUAGAAAAGUAAAAGAUUGUUAGUAAAAAAAACAAUUUUUUUUUCUUCCAACAAAGUUUAUAAGGAUCCCAUAGUGAAUAAAGCAAGGUAAACAUCACCAAUGAUUGUGAAAUCUUCAGAUGCAAAUGAGUUAUUGUGUGACAACAAUGCUGUAAAGAAUCAUCAUGUCAAACUUUAAUAGAAAAUUCUUUUUACUUCCAACAAAGUUUAUAAGGAUCUCAAGGCAAAUAAAGCUCUAUACUAUUUAUAGAUACUUAUUUAGUAUAGUUUUUUAAUAAAGAUCUUGUCAAGAAAGUCAAGUUUUUUUUUUUUAAAUCUGAGCGAUUGACAUGAUGAUUCUUUACAGUGUUGUUGUCACACAAUAACUCAUUCGUGUCUAAAGCUUUUUUGGUUAUUAGAGAUCCUUAAAAACUUAAAAAUAUUGGAAGAAAAAAAUUGUUUUUUUACGAAAGAUCUUUUACUUUUCUUUAUGUUUAACUUCUAAUAAGUUGUACUGGAUUGAAGACCAACCCGCCUACGUCUCUACUUGAUUUUAUAUGUUGGCAAGUUAGCGUUGGCGAGUUGAACUGUCAGCAACUUGACUGUAAUUCCUUUAUUUAGCUGUUAACCUGUGUUAAGCAGACACCCUGCCAUUCUCUGUGGGUGACCAGUUAAUAUGGGUUUAACUGUAGUUUUCAAUUUUAACUGAGUUUUAACUCAAUAGAAAGAAGAUCUUGAUUAGUAGUUUCAAUUGUAAUAAACGUUUUUUUUUUGUUUGUCAAAUCUUUUUCAGUGUCACCUGGUGAGAGUUUAAUAUUUGAUAAUGUAAAUCAUAGUCCAGAUCCUUUACCAAGUGGAGCUGUUGGUAUGGCAACUACAAUUACUGAUGUGGGUGCAAUUGGUGCCAGUAAUGCAGGCUUAUUACCAUUUCAAGUACAAUUUAUUAAGAACCUGAUUGAUGAAUCACUGGAUGAGUUCAGGUAUAAAAUUUGAUUGAAUUUGUGAUUCAUAUGGAAACAUUAUCAUCAAUCUUUCAAUGCAGGGAUUUCAAUAAAACCCAGUUGCCAGCUCUCUACCAUUGCUCUCUAACAUUUUUUUUUUUUGUUUUGGGGGGGGACGUUUCCUUACUGUGGAGCUACCUAUUCCCCCAGCUGCCAAUGGGAAAAGUUAUUUAAACCACAGCAAUGUCGUAUGGAAAAAUAUUUUUUGCUGUCAGUUGAAAAAUCUCUUGUGGAGUUGUCAAUAAAUCUAAGUACAUAGGAUAUUUAUAAAUUGAAUUUGAUUUUUCUCAUGAGGUUCAUUUACCUUGCAAUGUUUAUUUUAUUUAUUAUCAUUAUUUAACUAUUAGUUUUGUUUACUUUUAGUUCAACAUAUUUUUCUUUGUAUUGGUAGGGUUGCAUUACACAGGGACAUUGUUAAUGUACAGGUUGAAAUGCUGAGACAGUUUCAAAUACAGAAAGUAAGUCUGGUCUUUUUGAAACCUCUAAAAAAAAACCUUGUAAUGUUAGCUUUAAUUUUAGGUAAGCUAUGUGUGCAUGGAUGGUUAAAAAUGCAAAGGAAGAAGAAUUGGUGAUAAAUUAUGAUCCUGCCUGAAGCAAUCCUUGUUUUCUUUACAAAGAAUUGUAUUAUAAAUAUAUUUUGCUCUUUCUUAAAAUGUAAAACUAUUGCUAUAGCAAUCUAGCUCUUAUAGCUUUAAACUGGAUCUGAAUUUAAGUCAGGGCUCUAAGCUCAAAUGUUUUCAAAGUUUCCAUUUGGUAACCUAAAAUCAUCAAAAGGUAACUAAAAAUGAAACUUUUUCUGGAAAAAAGAAAACACGAGCUGGCAAUAUUUUUAUGUUCAUCAGGUAUUCUCAAAGCUCGGCACUAGAGAAACCAAAGGGAGAGAGAGAAAAAUUUUCAAAAAGAAACAUUGGAGCUCUCAUUAUAUUUUAUGCAAAUUUUAUUCAUACUGAGACCAUAGGCACAAAUAAUAAACACAUUAGAGUUUGCUACAUUGCAACUUAACAUUGGUUGUCAUAUUGGUGAGUUAGUUUAAUUGCCAAAAAAGUGGCAGCCAAAAUAGUGACAGCUUGAAGCUGUCAUAGGUGGUUCUUCUCAGCUCUAAACCUUUUCAUAAGGAUAAAACAAAGGAUUGAAGCCUUCUAAAGCAAAGCAGUAGUAUAGUGCAUAAUCUGGAAAUAUAAAUGACACAACUCGUGUCUAAAACACAGUUAGACAGAUUGAGAGUGAUUUCAUAGUUACUGUUACAUUUCCUUCAUACAAAUAGGUGAACUAGUGAAGCUAUAGUAACAGCUCUAUAGUAACAGCUUUGCUAAUUUUUUUUAACAGAAUGAAUUAAAAGGGAUGCUAGAAAAGUAUUCAGUCAAUGAAGCCUUGAUCUCUGAGAUUGAAAGAUUAAAAGAAGAGAACAAUAGACUUAAAUCCAAAUAUUGAGACUGUUGGGUAAGUUCUUUUUAUCUUUUUCAGCAGUAACUGUUUUCAUCAAAAGUCAUCAGCAUUGAUUUAUUUGGUCACUAUGUUUUUUUUUUUAAACUAAUUAUUUUAAAGAUAACAUGCAUUCAGAGAGCUCCUUGAACAAACUGUAGCACCAUUGUUUGUAUCUUUGAUUAUCAUGAACUUUCACAAUCAUCAUUUUCUACUAACUAUGGUCAAAUCAAAGGUACAUGUGGGUUCAUCAUUAGUCGCCAGUAGUGUAACUACUUCCAGUUUCCCUGUGGUUUUUGUAAAUGCCUUCCUCAAACCACUAGUGGUUAUGGUCAAAUCAAAGUUAUGUGUGUGUUCUUUCAAAGUUCCUAGGAGUGCACCUUACUUUCAAUAUCUGCAGUUUGAUAAAUGCCAUCCUUAAGGUACUAUUGGUGAUUAUUUAAAAUAUACCUUUAAAAAAAAAAUGUUUAGAUUUGGUAGUUGCUUCAACAGGUAGAAAAAUUGUCUGAAGUUAAUUGCUUUUAUCAGAACACCAAUUACUAGAUUGUGUAUGAAAUUCAAAUGAUGAGAAUCCAUCAAUUUAGUGUUUAUCAUUGACCCACAUUAUUGCUGGUAUCAGUAGUUCUUUCCAAUCUUAUAUUUUCUAAUUCCCUCUAAAAUAUCAUCAUACAUGAAGUAUGAAAUAAUGGAACCGUCAAUGACAAUCAAUUUAUUGUUUUCUUGAUCAACAGCAGCUGUUCCUUUUACACACAGUAGAUUGAGAGAUACAGUACAGACACGACUGACAGAGAUAUGCAUUGAAUAUAUAUCACAUAAAAUUCCAUGUUUGUUGUUGUAGUUUUACAGUUUUAAGAAACAAUGAUAAUCAAAUGGCUUUCAUUUAAUGAUUGGCUAGCAAGAAUUAUCACAUCAGGGUUUUAGUUGACUUGGCAAGCAUAGUGGAAUUCAUACAAAAUGAAACCUACCAAGAAAAUGCACAGUUAGUUUGUAUCCACUUGAAAGAGUUUUCUAUUUAUUUAUUUAUUUCUUUUUGUACAUUCUUGCAUGCUUGCCCAGCUGACUUUUUAUUAAUUCUAUCCAAAAUGAGGUAAAUUCUCUUAGACCUGUGAUUACUUUUUUAAGAACAACUGGUUAAAAAGGAAUGAUUGGUGUUGCUUUUGUUUUGUAGGCCAAGUAUGUGCCAGUAACCCUUAAAGUGCCACUAACUCCAAAAAUUUUUUUGAACAAAAUAAAUCUCCUUGUCCUGUGGAUAGCAAAGUGGCAUCUAUUCAAGGGUUUUUUUUCUAUGAAUUUUUAAAGAUACUGAAAUGGCCUCCUUGAUAACAACUGAGAAUUAGGGGAGUUGGGACAGGUUGACUUAUGACAGCAUCCCAAGAACCUAUUUGACAUUAUUCACAUCAUUUAGUAAGAAAGCAGUCACAUAAUAACCUAGGAAAGAACCCUAGAAGUAUGCUGGGAAAGUGAGGUUUCGGAGGCUGCAGCAAUACAGUUUCCUUAGAAGAUGGUCCACUCUUCCUACCAUCUGGCAUUUGGAGGACAAUUUCCCUGAAGUAAAGAAAUGCAUAGGAAAAUAGGGUUGAUUUCUCUUAUUUCUGUUGUCGGGCUAGCAUGACUCCUGCCAUUGGCAAGCAGUUUUAUGUCUUCUGCCUUCAGAAUUUAGCUCUGACCAGGAUAUCUUUUAAUGACUUUCCUUUUCAAUAUCAUAACUAGGGUGGCUUCAUUCGACCUUGUUCAUUUAGCUUUUGAUUCUUGAGCUAAUUUUUUGACAUCACUUGUUUUUAAAUGGAUUGAAUCUGUGGUCAAUGACACUAUGUUCCUUGAAACUUGUAUUACAUUUGGCUUUCUUGUGUUUGCUUACUCUUAUGAGGCUUAAUGCAAUUGCAAAAAUUCUUUCACUGUGAUGAUCAGUAAAACAAGGAAAUGUAUUUUAUCAAAGAAAUUUUUUGGGGGUUAGUGGCAAUUGAAUAUUGUACUUUAGACUUACAAUGAAAAUCUGAUUGGUCUAGGGCAAUCAAUCAAUCAAUUUACAAUAGCUAGUGAAGUUGACAAGAUAAAUACAAGAUCUGCAGCUGAUAUUGCAUUUAUCAUGUUGAGAUCAAAGUGUGCUUAGUCUCCAAGCCCAUCAUCCAUAUAGUGUUCUCAAACUUUUGCAGCCUGAGAGAGGACCUCAAAACUAAUUCUUUUGUAGAUUGUUUUUUACAUGUGUGAAAAAACAAACCUUUAAUAUGAAAAAAAAAACCUUUAAUAUGAUGUGAUAAAUUCUCAAGCCUUGUGUGUGUCUUUUUUUUUUGCCCUAGCCUUUGGCUUCAGUAGACAAGUCAGACCUUGGUUUUUAUAAUUUAGGAUAUCAUGCCCAGCCUCAUCCACCAAUUGCUUAUUAUUUUGUGCAUAAGAAAUCGGUAGUGCAAGCUAUAUUUCAUCCAUCAUAAUGUUUGUAAAUGCAUGUUACAAAAUAAAUUACAGAGGUCAAAUAUUUUCUAGUACCAGUAAACAUAACUGAAAUAAUCUGUGCACAUUUUACUUAACAGAAAGGGUUUUCUACAUUUCAGCUCAUUUGAAGAAUCAAUUGAGGAUUGUAGUGAUAGCUGUAAUCUUUGCUGAUGUGUUAAUGAUUGACCUUUUUCUGAUUUGCAGGGGGAGUAAUUUUUUGUGAUAGCAUUGAAGAAUUUUGAAGAUUGAAAUAUGUUUUGGCAUGAUUCAUUCAUUAUAGGGAAAAUUGUGAAUGUGCAGAAUCCUAUUUGUAGAUGUGGAACUUUAAAUUGAGUUGUUAGAAUAUAGGAAUGGUUCCUUUUCUGCCGUAUGUUUAUAUUCUUAAUCAAAUGACAAGUUCAGCCAUAGUCUAAAGAGACGAAAGAGUCGUAAAUAUUUAAUAAUUAAAUAAGGCUGAGGAGUAUUUUCUUAGGAUUCAAUGCAUUGUGAAUAAAAGAUUGAACUCCAGUUUAUUAUCUUGCAUCUUUCAUCUCGAUAAAUUGAUAAAUAAAUUUUAAUUAUUUAAUUACUCAAGAAAUGAAAGUAUUUGAAAUUCUCAAAUGCAUUUACAAAAUAAAGCAGUAUGACUAAGACAGUAAGAUAAUGAACAUGAGCAUAAAUCUUCUGGCAUUUUAUCACAAAUGCUUCAAUCUGAUUGACUGCCU